AUGACCAAAUCUCCUUCUCCAAACUCAGAGAUCACCUUGCUACUCCGUCCCCACGUCGUCAAGCGAGAGUCCUCCGCCCUCGAACAGAACUCUUCGAUCCCCGUCGCAACCCCGUCGUCAGCCACUCGACAAACCGCCGCCCUUCUUCUGCGUUUGAGGGACCGCGUAGUUGACUCUGCUGACGAUGAUGAAUAUCUGGAGCCGGAAGAGGACGUCCCAAUGGAGGACGAACUGGAGCAGGACGAAUUGAGUGCAGAAGAUGAACAGGAAAACCCGGUAGAACCGGAAUCAAACGAGUUUCCCGGGAUCGAAGACCUGGGUUCGAGGCUAGCACAGUCUCGAAUUGUGACCAAUCCUGUUCCUCCCGCUACUCCCGCGCGGCAAUCCAGCGACGAGCUGCAAGAAGUGGGGUAUCUCACUCCGUAUGUCGCCUCCGCCAAGAGCAAGAAAGUCGCUGUUGGCGAUCGUGUGGAGAUUUCGCCCUCUUCGGUGACGGUCAGCAAUGGGACUGUAACCGUGUCUCACGGUUCGACCGUCACUCGCUUCCAUGACGUACGGGUUCGAGCGUCUCCUCACCUGUCCAGGGGUCAAUUGAUCCUCGCCACAUAUCUUCAGAAGAACAUUGGAAACCGUGCCUCAAACGUUCAGGCUCUGUGGACCGGUAUGCUGGCUCUGCUAAAAGAUCCAGACCUCGUGCUAGCAGAAGUGGAUGUCGAAGAUCGCUGUGAUGGGUGUCGCAACAUCCAGACCAAGUUCCUCCCCCCCACCGUGAAGAAGAUGUCGUGUAUGGCCCCCUUAUUCGUCGCCCCGGACGAUUCGAUCCAUAUUGGUGGCAAAUGUUACUAUUGCCAACUAACCGCUCGUCCCUGUUCCCUCGCUUCGUCCGGCAAACAUGGCUCCCGGUCAGCGCCGAAAAUCACCUAUCCGUUCCAUCGGUCCAUGUUUCGGGGGUUCCAAGUUCUUGGGGGGAUCCUAGUGUCAAUGGUAGACGAUGGGAAUACCUCCCUUUCUCAGCUGGGGGUGACGGGUUUGAAGGAAUUAACUAGAAUGGCUAAGGACCUUGAUCGCUCCAAAAUGGUGCCGGGAAUGUUCGAAGAAGCGGACGACGUCCUCGCUGUGUCCAAGAAGAGACUUCCCAUCCCUCGUUAUCAUUGGAGGUAUCGUCCUGUCCGGCAUCCGUCCGACUCCGAGUACACUGAUGAGGACCGCCCCUCUAAUCCUUCGGACUUCGAAUCAGACGAUGCGUUCGUCGAACAUGACCGUUCGACUAAGGGAAAAGGGAAGGAGAAAGCUGCUGUCCGGCCACAGAAGGGAAAGAAGGGUAAGGCUGUGGAAAGGAAGCGAAAACGCGCGGUGGAGGAUGAGGAGGAAGAGCAAGAAGAGGUCCAACGGGUUUUGCGUCCUCGAAGGUCGAAGGCUAUCCUUCGAUCGUCCUUGGUAACGGCGCCCAUCGACGAAGGAGAGGAAGAGUGGGAACCCGACUUCGAGACUUCCGGCGAUGAAGAUGAAGAGCACGCGGGUCCGUCGACUAGGGAGGCGAGGAAGAGAAGCGUACGACGGCGUGGAGCCAGUGGGGCGGUCGAACCAUUGGGUUCGGAGUUCAAUCUGCUUACUGAGCCUUCUGGAUGGAAUCGCGAAGGAGCUUAUGCAGUGUGUCGAACGCCUGCAUUCGGUGAUGUGCCUGGGGAGAUGGUAAUGGUACUGUUCCAACCAUUGAUUAACCCGCUCUGUCUGGCCGUCAGUCUGUGGGUGGAAGGCCGUCGAAUAUCGAAGAUCGACCCUCAAGUAGGUGGAUAUUGCCUUCCAAAAUCUGGAAACGAAGAUGCUUCCUCUAUCGGAAGUGAUGGUGUCGGGUAA